UUAACAGUUUGUGACAGUUUUGCUUUGUUUAUUUUUUGUUUUGUUUUUUUUGAUCUACAAGAUUACUUGACUGCCUGUGAAAAACAUGAACUAUUUUUAUUGUUUUCUUUUGCUCAUUUUUACCUGCAGUAAGGAGGCAGUGUGUCAAAGUGGAGAUACUGAAGGAAGUUGUCAGCGGGCUAUAAAUAUAUUCCCUGCUAAACUGAAAGAUCUCAGAACCACAUUCCAGAAAGUGAGAGACUAUUUUCAAUUGAAGGAUGAUGAAUUGGAUACCAUAUUACUUGAAAAUAGUUUAUUACAGGACUUCAAGAGUUCUAUUGGAUGCCAGACUGUAACUGAAAUGAUUCGAUUCUACCUAGAGGAUGUCCUACCACAUGCACAAGAGGGCAGUAUUGUCAUUGAAAGAAAUGUGAAUUUCAUGAAGGACAAAUUGCUAGACCUAAAACAGACCAUGAAACGAUGUCAACACUUUUUACCAUGUGACAGAAAAAGCAAGGCCAUCAAGCAGAUCAAGGAAAAAUAUAACAAGUUAAAGAAUCAAGGUAUCUACAAGGCCGUUGGAGAAUUUGACAUCUUUAUCAAUUACAUUGAGGAAUACCUUAUUUCCAGAAAGAAAUAGAGGGUUAUCAUACCAUUUUGGUUAUCUUAAAGACGUAUUCUGACAUAUUCAAUAGGAUUUUACAAGGAACAAGUGAAAUGCACAGUAAUUUAUAGAAACCAUAUUAAUUACAGUUUACCAUAUUUAAUGGUAAAAUAUAUUUGUACAUGCCAGUCACAUUUUAAGUGUUUGGUUUUCUGAAAGAAAGACAUGUAAUUAUCAAAGGAAAAUAAAAACAAAAAACUAUGAAGACCGAAAAUGCACACAAGAUGGAGUUGAAAGCUUCUUAUGCAUGGCCAACAACUUGGGAAGCAUGGAAGAUCAUUCUAUUGAAUGAGGAAACAUUGCCUUCAAGACCACAGGAGGCUGCAAUUUGAUCAUGUUGAUUAUGCUACCUACUAUUUGCUGCUGCUGCAUAUCAGUUUAAUUAUAGAUCUGCACCCUGUAAGCUGACAUAUCAGCAAUUAAUAUAUUCAUUUUUAUUACAUUUGUGUUCAUGUUGCAAUGUGAAAACACCCAGUAGAUUCUUCAAAGUAGUAAGGAAAAUCUUUUUGGGUGAACAUACUUUUCAUUCUUUACAUUUCAACUAUUUGCAUAAGCUGCAUGUUUUAAUGCUGUCUUAUUCCUAUUUAUUUUCAUGACUUGGGUGCCAUGUUUUAUUUUUAUUUUUUUCUCUUGUAAACAACCCUACCCAGGCAUAGUGUAAUAUUUUUUAUCAGGUUUCUUGCAUUCAUUUAGAAAACAGUUUUCUAAUUUAUGGAGUCAUUGUUAAUAAAGCUAUUUUCCUUCUCUCUAAAAUAUUUUUUGAUAAAAUGUAAGACUUAGUAAUAAAAAAUUAAAAGAGGGUAUUUUUUUACAGUAGAUACAGGCAUUAUACUAUGGUAACAUUUUCAAACGGGUAUUCCUUUUUCAGUUUACUGUAAUAGAUUUGUAGAAUUGUUACUUCAUGGUCCUACAGAGAAACAGCAUUAACCUACAAACACACAAUGGCGCAAUAUAAAUAAUAAAAAUGCUC